GGCGGCCUGCACUUCGACGACCGCUUCUCCGACGAGCAGCUGGUCACCAUGUCGGUGCGGGAGCUGAACCGGCAGCUGCGGGGCGUCAGCAAGGAAGAGGUGAUCCGGCUGAAGCAGAAGAGGAGGACCCUCAAAAACAGGGGCUAUGCCCAGUCCUGCCGCUUCAAGAGGGUCCAGCAGCGGCACGUCCUGGAGUCGGAGAAGAACCAGCUGCUGCAGCAAGUGGAGCACCUAAAGCAGGAGAUCUCCAGGCUGGUCCGGGAGAGGGACGCCUACAAGGAAAAGUACGAGAAGCUGGUCAGCAAUGGCUUCCGAGAAAACGGAUCCAGCAGCGACAACCCCUCCUCUCCAGAGUUUUUCAUGUGAGUUCCCACAGCCUUGCCACCUUACCUAAAAGUUCUCCGUGUGAGUUGUUGUUGGGGGCUUUGCUAGAGCGCCGACCCGCCGUGCCACCUUGUAUCACUUUUUGGUUUUCCAACUCAAAACUGCUUUCAGACAAACUCGGGUUUUGGGUUGAUUAUUUUUUUUUUUAAGGUGGGCCGGCUGCGUGUUGGCCAACCUCAAGUUCUACAUCAGUUUCUUUUCUGUUUAUUAUUAUUAUUAUUAUUAUUAUUAUUGUGGGGGCUUGCUGUUGUUUUUUUUAAAUUUAAAAGACCCAACUCGCCACCAACUCAGUUCUUCAUAUGAAGCUUGCUCUGAAACCUGCCAUCCACAUCAUAUAUAUAUAUUUUUAAGUUCAUGACUUGUAUUUUUUUCCUUUGAGCUUGCUGUGUCCAAAAGAGUCAGACCAUAUUGACGUUGUUUCAUUAUUUUUUUUUGCCAUCCUGAGUUCUUCAUAUGAGAUUUGAGCUUUGCGAAAAGAAAAAAAAAAUAAAUAAAAACAAAUG